AUGGCUUUCGCGCCAUUGCGUCCCCCAGACCAGUCGCCGGUCAAACUAGAUCCAAAUUUCACUCUACCACAAGCAGAUGGCUUUACCUACCCCACCUUCCGCCUUCUCAAUAAACAGUCUCGUGUCACUCUUUCUCCCGAACCCCUGGCUCCCUCGAGUGCUAGGAGGACCUUUGCAACUACCAACGCGAAUGGAGGCUGGUUCGCAGCCUCAACCUCCAAUGGUCUUAUCGUCUCUCCAUCGAGAAAGCUCAGGGAAGCAUUCAAGACAGGUGGCGGUGGAAUUUUCCAACCCGAUAUCAUUUUACCCUGGAAUCCCGUCACAAUCGCUUUUGCUUGUAAUGCUACGCGCCUUCUGGCCGGACUUGAAGACGGCCAGGUUGUCAUCUAUGACACUGGGGCUUUGUUCUCGUCCUCGUCACCAUCAAGCCCACUUCAAGUGUAUCAGGCUUCCUCGGGUCUACCUUUACAGAUAUUACCCAAUCCCAGCAAUGACGGCGAUCUUGCUCAACUCGUGGCUAUCGUGAGGAUGGACGGCACAGUCGAAAUGUUGGAUGCCCAAAUGCAAACUAAGGGAGCAUGGCGCGCAACAGAUGCUGAUAACUUACCCGUCGCUGCAUCUUGGUCUCCAAAGGGUAAACAACUCGCAGUUGGCCUGCGAUCCGGCGAUAUUCUUACAUUUGGAUUCAAUAACGCGGCGCCCCUCAAACACAUCCCUCCUACAGCAAGCCCGCCUCUUGUUUCUCUCGAUUGGCUUGGUCCCGCAUUCACAUUUCGCACUAGCUAUUUUUCCGACCAGCCUGCCCAUCACAUCGUAUCCUUGAACCACCAGUCAAACAUCACAACCGUCGUGCAACUCGCUCACCCAUUCCCCUCGCCUGAACGAACUCCCAAUUCCCGAGUCUUAAUUUUACCCCGUUGGAAUUCUGAUGCUUCUGGUGGUCUCGAGACUACACUGAUGGUAGUCGGCGAUAAUUCGUCGACCGAUCUUGAAGUUCACGGCUCUGCGGGGUCUGCGUGGUACCAGCAGUCGCAGGAAAAUCCGCUCACAGUGCCUCUGGACAAGAACGACGAAGAUACUUACCUUCUAUCCCUCGAGUCGGACUUGACCGAUGAAAUGCCCAUCAUGUUGGCAUAUCUCAAUGAUGGCACAGUCCAGGCAUGGUAUAUCACCCAUCCCGACUCUAAGCCAUACAGUGGACUGAUUCAAUCUACAUCCACCAUUCCUCAACCCACGGCGCCGAGUCCCUUCUCACAAACAACAUCCGUUUUUGGGCAGUCAUCUUUCGGGCAAAAUUCCGCUCCCUCGCCAUUUGGACAGAAUUCGGUUUUUUCCAGCAAUCCGUCGCCUUUCGGAGGAAGCUCCUCCUCAAGUACCGUUGCUUCGCAACCUGUAGCACCACCCAUGUCCGCCACCCCCUCAAUUUCGAUGGGAGAUGAUACGGGCCCUUCUUUUGGUGGUUUGUCUCUGGGUGCAGCGAGCUUAGACAGCAAACCAAAAUCCACCACGGGCGGAUUAUUUGGAGGUUUUAAUUCUUCGCCUAGUCCCCUUCCACUGCCCCCAAAUCAUCCAGCCAACCAACCAGCGAAUCCAGCCACUUCAAAAUUCUCAGAUCCGAGUUUGGUCAAGCCUGCCGCCGGGUUUGGUGCAUUCGGUGCUGCAUCCACCGGUGCCUUCAGCAAUCCACAACUUCCAUCCUCGAACGCAUUCACUGGGGGUGCCUUUGGCGGGAAUACGACCACAAAAGAUUCAAUGCCAGCAUCAUCCGCAUUUGGCAAAUCUGGCUUUGGACAACCUGCUUUUGGGCAACCUGCCUUUGGGCAACCCGCCUUUGGGCAACCGGCCUUUGGACAGCCCGCCUUUGGAAAACCUGCCUUCGGACAAACGAGUUUUGCCUCUAAACCGGCCUCAACUCAAAUUACUUCUGGGGCACCUGCCUCUGGUGGGUUUGGUGCUUUUGCUGCGACAGGCCCGUCUGGUUUCACAUCUACUCCGACACCAUCUUCGCCGUCUCCAAAUGUCGAGCCAUCCCCCUCUCCAGCCCAAUCUAGCUUUGGUGCUCCUGCGUCAGUAAACAGUGCCUUUGGUGGGGCGCCAACGACAAGCGUAUUUGGUAAACCCUCCAACUCGUCUCCCUCUCCAGCUCAAUCUGCCUUUGGUGGGACGCCAAGCACAAGUGUGUUUGGUACAGCCUCCGCCCCUUCGACCCCGGCCUCCGCAUUUUCUGCAUUGACGACCAGUUCAGCCUCCGGACCAUCUUCGCCGUCACCAACCCCAGCUUCAACUAAUGAUAGUCCUUCGCCGUUGAAAUUUACCAAUAGCACCCCUUCGCCGCCAACCACUGGGGCAUUCAGUAACCUGAAAACCGCAACCACGGGAUUCAAACCUGCCGAAGGCUUCGGCGCUUUUGGUAAUAGCACGCCAACGCCAGCGUCGUCGCCUUUCUUCAAACCAGCUUCUCCUGUGGUAUCUGCGUUCGGCCCGACAACAACCAGUUUAUCGCCUAAUCCUUCGACCCCAGUCUCAGAAAAACCGGCUUUCGGAGCCACAUCUGCGUUGGGUACUCCGAAAUCCGCUUUCGGACCAAUAUCAGCGUCGUCACCCUCUCCUGUCAGUGCAUUCAGCGCAUUUGCGACAUCGGGUGGUAGUUUUACCCCGGCCGGAACACCAACAAAGUCGUUUUCAGAUCUGCUAAAAGCCGCCGACGAACAGAGCAUUGACUCGCCCUCUCCAGCCACUACCGUCCAACAACGAGCACCUGUUUUCACGCCGCCUCCCAAAAAAGACGAAACCGUCCCAUCAGAAUCGUCAUUUGGUUCAUUGUCACUGGGCUCAGAAGGGGGCUCCUUUGUUGAAGUGGAAGCAGAAACGGACGGCGUGGAUGAUGCAGAAGAUAGUCAAGACGAGCCACCGGAUGAUGAUGGCUUUUUGUCGGAGAGCUUUGGCUCGGGUUCGGAAGAUGAUGAUGCUUAUUCGCGAUCGCCUUCACCAACUACUGUGCCAUUACCGCCUUCCCGCUCCCCUUCGUCGACUCCCAACGCUGACGCGCUCAAGCCACAUUCUUCAUCAUCGACGCAGUCGGACGGUGAUGAAUCAGAUUCUUCAGAAGAAUCUCGUCUCUCUACUAUCCGAGAAGAAAGCGAAACGCCGCCAGGAAGUCCCGAAAAGAAACCAACACCACCAUCUGCCCCACUUGCUGCACCAGUUCCUAUCACACCGUCUCUUGGAAUUGGUUUGGGUAGGCCGAGCACAAGACCUGCCAAGAGCUCACCUCUCGCCGCUGCACCUAUGUCCAGGGAUGAAGCCGAAAAACUUACUCCCAAGGCGCGGCCCGCUUCUCCCAAACUACCGUUCGGUGUUCUUCCUCCAGCCAAGACACCGGAUACGACGCCCAAGCCUUCACGCCCAAAGACACCUCCACUUUCAGCACUAUCCUUUGCCUCAACCCCAGCUCCAACAUUGCAGGAAACCGCAAAAUCCCCUUCAGAAGGUCUGCCGCUUCCUACCUUCCCCAAACUCAGUAGCCCGAUACUAUCUACUCCAAGCCCAUCACCAGCCGGCCCCAGUAGUUUCUUCGUAGGCCUUGGAAUUGCAAAAACUCCCGAACCAUCGGCAAUGUCAGCACCAACUAAAGGAACUCCGUCUAUGCCCUUCAUUCCAGUACCACCGCCAACAACAGUCGUUCCAUCUCGAGCUGAGCUUUCGACAAUGGAGGAAGGAAUGCAGAAGGAAUGUGCAUUGCUGUUCGCGGCAAUGGCUAGAGGACUCGAGGAUUUCAAAACACUUGCGCAGACCGCUAGUCAGAAGCGAGUGGAGUUGGGUAGGUCAGCACGACCUUCUGAUACAGGUGAACAGUCUAAAUGGUCACUUCGGGAUGCAACCCAGUUUGGCCGCACGAUGAAGUCAUAUGAGCAAGAAUUACAGAAUCUCAAGGAGACGGAGGCUCAAUGGGAGAAACGCAUUCGAGAUUUGGAAAACAACCUGUUGAAAGCGGGGACACGACGAGAGGAGGUUGGGAGGUUCCUGAAAGCCCAGCAUGACAAGGACUUUGCCAAAAUGUUAAAAGCACGCUCUUUGGGACCCGAACAUCUCGAAACCCAGACUCAUUUGCGGAGAACUGUGCGGGCUGUCCAAGAUCGGGUUCAAAAGCUCGAAUCACAUUUGCACGAGCACAAGAAACGAUUGAGCAGGGCUGAUAGCGGAAAGCCUGGGCUACGUGCUCCGACCUUAGACACUUUGAAUCGCACAUUCCGAAACAUGGAUAUGGCUCUCGAUAAGCAAUCACAUGACGUAGAGAAACUACAUACCCGAAUUAGCAAGCUCAACCUGGUCAAUUCACACACCAAUGGUUCCAGUGGCCGCGACAAGAGAUUACCGGAUCCUGUUGGUCGGCAACGACCGCUGAAUGUCACGCCCGAUGUCGCAAUAACGACUGCUGCUGCCCUCAAUGCGGAACGCUCGGCUCACAAUUUGAAACGAGCAUUGUUGGGCAUCAGGAAAGAACCACUCCUUAACACGCAAGCUGCAUCCGCAACCCCACCGCCACUCAGUUUCCAAACACCACAACGAGGUUUCCCGAUCCAAUUUGGACUUGACCCAGUCACGCCUAUGAUGGGCUUUGAUUUCCCGGAGGACAACUUCAAUCCAUCGUCACCACCUCCCUCCACGCGCCGCGGAGCCGGUACUCGCAGUCGUGUUUCGGGGUCUGUCCAGCUGAAAAGGAGCCCUGGCCAGUCGCCUGCGACACCAUCGCCGCCUACGUUUGACUGGGGACCGUUACCGACAUUCGAUAAACCUAAGCUACACUCUCCGGAGAACUCGCUGAGUGGUUCGUGGAUAUCGGAGGGCUUCAAGGGGUUUGGCAAUGCCAAGUGA